AAAAAAACCCACGUCCACUACCAUACGUGAUCUUCAAAACCCUACUCCUCUUUUUCUCUCUCUACACUCAUAUAUAUACAUCAACGUAAAUGCACACUCAUCGGAGCUGAUUAUUUCACAGUAUCAGAGGAGGAUUCAAAGUUCAAUCUCAAUCGCUUCUGUAUCCAUCAAUACAGUCAAAGAUUGGCUCUCGAUUUCCAUCUAAUCCUUCAGAUUUCUGGACUCACGUUUGUAGAUCGAUGAUGAUAGCUACAGUAAACUCCAUGAUCCUCCGAGUGUAACCGAUUCAAAAUCGAUCUCACAAGUUCAGCUCAGAUUUAUCAGAUUCUUCUCGAACAACCGCCGGAUUUUAUCUCCAGUUUCCUUCGUGAAAAACUUGUACGCAUUCUCGUUGACAUUGAUAUCCGUUCUUGGUGGUUAAAAUGAAGACAAACUUAUCGUCAAUGCACAAAAUCGCAUUGGUUACAGCGACAUUUUCAGUAUCACUACUCGUCGUCAUAAUGAUUGCCUUCGUUACAGGCGUAACGCAACAUGGCGAUCUUAUCGUGGAGCCAAUGAACAGUACUAUUUCUGGUCCCCAUCGAAAGCUUCUUGCAAAUUCUUCAGAAACCGGUGAAGUGCUACCAGAGCGAAAUUGGGGAGACAAAUGCUCGAAAUCCGACAUUGUCAUUAACCAGGGGCCCACUUCUCCUCUCCCUCAUGGCAUUCCGAUCUACACGGUGGAGAUAAUGAACAUCUGCGCCACCGGCUGUUCAAUCUCCGACGUCCACCUCUCCUGCGGCUGGUUCAGCUCUGCACGGUUGGUCAACCCCCGCCUUUUCAAGCGACUCGGCUACAAUGACUGCCUUGUGAACGACGGAAAGCCGCUGAUAUCCGGCCGGACGGUGAUGUUUCAGUAUUCCAACACUUUCGCUUAUCAUCUUUCCGUUUCCUCCGUCACCUGCCGGUGACUGAUAAACGCCGACCACCGGCAAGAAUAAAUGAUGAAUCCAGUCUGAAAAAGGAUGUUUUUUUGGGUGAAAUUGCAUUUUAUACCCUUCGAGUUUGAGUUUUUAAUUUUUAUUGCAGAGUGAAGAGGUAUUUAUUUUGUUGGUAUUGCUUUUUAGUUUGUAGUUCAACUCGAAGGGUUGAAAAUGCAAUUUAUUUUAAUUUGUUUCUAACAGUAGUUUUGAGGUUUUUGGAUUUUGAAUGCGAUGAUUAGAGAGAGGUGAAUCAUAGAUUUAGCGAUCAAUAAAUGAGAAGAGAAUUAUUGUUA